GUAGAGCCUCCCCCCCUCGCCGUUCUCUGCCUAUCGUCCAACUCUCGCCAUGUCAAUUACUUCCCUCUCCCCCACAAUCCCCACAGCCUACGCCACCAAUGCCUCUUCCUCCUCCUCCCUGUCCUUCCGCUCCUCGCUUCUCCUCCGCCUCCCCAUUAAGCGCCUCUCCAACCUCUCCCUUUCUGCCACCACUUCAAAGAAAACCCCACUCAUCUCUGCAUCAAUGGAAGCUGGAAUUGGUGUAAUGGGCACGAAGCUAGGCAUGAUGUCAUUCUUCGAUGAUUCCGGGGCUGUAAUCCCCGUAACCGUAGUCGGAUUCCGGGAGGGCAACAUUGUUACUCAGGUCAAGACCGAGCUCACUGAUGGUUACAAUGCGGUUCAGGUCGGGUAUAGGAGAGUCCGAGACCGAAAAUUGACGAAACCGGAGAUGGGGCAUCUGGAGAAGUCCGGAAUUAUCCCUUUGCGCCACUUGCAGGAAUUUAGGCUCCAGGCCGUUGAUGGGUUUGAGCCCAAUCAGAGACUUUCGGUUGAGGAAUUGUUUAAGGAAGGGGAUUUGGUUGAUGUUUCUGGUACCACCAUUGGGAAGGGAUUUCAAGGUGGAAUCAAGAGACAUAACUUCAAAAGAGGUCCUAUGACUCACGGGUCGAAGAGUCAUAGACAACUUGGGUCUAUUGGUGCUGGCACAACUCCUGGACGUGUGUAUAAGGGUAAGAAAAUGCCUGGAAGAAUGGGAGGCACUAAGAGUAAGAUUCGGAAGCUGAAGAUUGUCAAGAUUGACAAUGAACUUAACGCUGUGAUGAUCAAAGGUGCUGUUCCUGGUAAGCCUGGUAAUCUACUACGCAUUACUCCGGCGAAGAUUGUUGGGGUAAAUAUACCAAAGAACUAGGCUGUUUUGACAUUUAAAAGUCCAUGUAAUUUAUUUUUUGUAUGAGUGGCAUUAUCAAAUUUUCAGAUGCUGUGCCUAUAGUUACUGCACCUUCAUACGUGUUAUGCUCAUUUGAGAUGUGAUUAUUCCAUGGAAUCUUCUAGGACCAACAUCACUGAGAAACUGGUUCAAAUAGCAAAGUGAGAAGGUUACUA